CUUGCCAUAAUAUCAUGUUUAUUAAAAACGAUUCUAAGUUAGAAGCUUCUCUUUAAUAUAUAUUUUUAAAUUUUCAUUACGUUACUUUGCUAUUUUAAAUUAAGGUAUGGAAAUAACUACUUUCGAGUCAUUAGGUUUAGAGCCUUGGAUAUGCAAACAACUUAAGAAAAUCGGUUUAAAGCAACCUACCGAUGUUCAAAAACAUUGCAUUCCUAAAAUACUAUCGAACAGAGAUUGCGUUGCAGCAGCAAAAACCGGAAGUGGAAAAACAUUCGCUUUUGCCCUACCAAUUAUUCAGAAGCUAGCAGAAGAACCAACACAUAAUUUUGCUUUAGUUUUAACGCCUACCCAUGAACUUGCUUAUCAAAUAGCUGAACAAUUUUUAAUAACAGGUCAACCAAUUGGAAUUCGAGUUUGUGUUGUAGCGGGAGGCACUGACCAGAUGCUUGAGAGUUUGCAACUUCAAAAUCGACCACAUAUAGUUAUCGCAAUGCCUGGAAGAUUGGAAGCUCACUUAACUGGCUGUAAUACAUUUUCUUUUGAUUCGAUAAAAUUCCUUGUGAUUGAUGAAGCUGAUCGUAUGCUUAGCGGAAGUUUUGAUGAAUCUUUAGUAGUCAUAGAACAAUUUCUACCGAAAACCCGACAAAACAUUUUCUUUUCCGCAACAUUACAAGAAAAUCUUAAAGCAAAAGUUUUAUUCCCUUCAAGUGAUGCAUACGAAUGGUAUGAAGAAGCAUCUGUAAAGACAGUUGAUACAUUAGAUCAGCGUUAUGUUCUUUGUACCGAAUUUGAUCGCAACAUGGUGCUGUUUGAAACAUUAAGGAAAUAUAAAGAAGAUCACGAAGAUGGAAACGUUAUAAUAUUUACUCAAAAGAAGAAAGAUUGUCAGAUACUUUCAAUGGCAUUAAAUUCAAUUGGCUUUGAAAAUGUAUGCUUACAUGGAUAUAUGAGUCAAAAGGAAAGAGUUUCCUCACUUUGUAAAUAUAAAUCGAACAUUGUACGAAUUUUAAUUGCAACAGAUGUAGCAAGUAGAGGAUUAGAUAUUCCAAAUGUUCAAUUUAUAAUUAAUCAUCGAUUGCCAAAGUUUGCUAAUGAAUAUAUUCAUAGAGUUGGAAGAACGGCAAGGGCAGGAAAGUCAGGCAUGGCUGUAACAUUAUUCAGGUUUCCUGAAGAUUUGAAUUUUCUAGAAAAAAUUGAAAGUUUAAUCAACACGAAACUUAAAGAACAUGUUAUUGAUCAACGUUUAGUAGAACAAAUUUUCAUGCAAGUCAAAGUUGCAGUUAUUGAGGCCGAAUUGAUAAUCGAUAAUUCAAAGUUUGAUGAAAAAGCUGCAAAUUAUAGAAGAAAGAAGUGGUUGGAAGACGGUCUUGAUCCUGAAGAACAAGAAGAAAUUUGGCAAAAAUCAAUCAAAGAAAAAAUUAAGGAAAGAAAAGCCAGAAGAAAAGAUUUGAAUAAAAAAUUUCCUGUUACUACUUCAAGCCCUGAAAAGAAUGAAAAAACUUCAAAGAAAGUUGAAAAAAUUCAUCAUAAUAAAAAGAAGAAAGUCAGUUUAUAAAAUCAAGUGAUUGAGUAGUUAUAAUUAACUAAUUUUUGUAACAAAAUUUAUAUUUGAUAAUGUGAAAUGAUGGCAAAUAAUAAAAAAAUCACAGUAAAUGAACCGAAAUUAAA